UCCGCCCCUUAUAGAAUCGAUUAUUGAUGGGAAGAUAUUAUUUAACUAUCCAAAAUAUUAUUUAAUUAUUUUCAGAAUUAUUUUCUUUCAAUGUUUAUUCAAAUAGAACUUAAACCCAUCUCAGAAUUUUUAAAUGCUUGAUGACGUCACAUUUAAAACGUGGCAACAUUGGUUUCCCCACUUUGACAGCCAAUGCUUAGUAGAGGGGUACGAAGGAUUCAGCUGUGAACGUGAGCCUUGGAUUGCCAUUGUUUCUCGAGUGUUCGGUCUGAAUCGUAGUGUGCGGGGUCAUUAGACUCAAUUAUUCACCUCUAAUUCUCAGUUCCAAAUUGAUUAAAUAUUACAAUAAAAGUAUAGUGAAGUUAUCCAGCAGCAGUGGAUUUGAAGAAUUUUAGAGCAUACUAUAUCCAAUGAGUUCUACCCCGCACCUACCAUGAAAUCUUAAAGCCACCCUACAACAACACCAAGGCCAGACCACACAGAGAGAAACAAUCAAUAGGCGACCAGCCUGGAUUAUUUCCACAUUUUCUUUUUUUGAGUACCUCCAGCUGCUUUCCAACAGUUUUGAGUACCUUCAGCUGCUUUCUACCAGUCUUCCUCUCCUGUACCUCCAGCAGGACAGCUGCUAGCGAGAGUUAGCACCCUUGGGUGCUCAUUACAUCAACUUCAAGAUUAGGAAAGAGUGGUUUGUUUGGGAACAUUUACUGUGCUCUUAUUAAAGACAGACUGGUUUUGUGAUAUUUAGUACAUUUUUUUUUAUAGUUCAAUUGCACACACAUUUUUCCUGCUUUAUAUUUUUUAUAGGUUUUUUUUUCUUUACAACAUAAUAUUUAAUUGAUAGCGUUCCCCAACACUCUGCAAUCUAUAAAGGUAUAAAUUUCUGAGCUCAGAUAUUUUCCCUGAUAAUAGUAGUCGGUACUCUUAUCUUGAUUAUUUUUAGGCUGUGUUCCACUUUUGUAUAAUUAUUUAAACUCAUUCCAUUAUUUUAGUAUAUGUUUAAUUAAAUUUUUAAAAAUUAACUUCACAUAUUAGUCAAAAUUGUAAUUAUUAACUUUAUUUAACUUGAACUUAUUAACUUUACUUAACUUUAACUUAUUAACUUUAUUUAACUUUAACUUUAAUUUAUUAAAUUCAUAUGAACUUCUGGAUUCUAAUCCCUCAGAUUAGUUUUUGGUUUCACUUGUUAUUAUUACUAUUAUAAACCACGAGUUAGGAAAAGGAUCUGUGUAUCCACUCGUAGGUUUAUUUAUUCAAUAAGGCUUGUGCCUGUCCCACUCACAGUGAGGUAUUUAUAUGUUAUAUAUAGUAUCAGGUAGUAUUUAAUUAAGGUGUACGUAUUAUAAACGUACAAUUAUUAUUUGGUGAGGGUUCUACUAACCUAGUUGUAAGUUGUACUUCCUGUAUUAGAGGUACCCGUAGUCAGUUUUUCUAACCUUAUAAAGAGUAUUCUUAGAUCAUAGUUGUAUGAUGAUUUUGUAAUUGACUUUCACUAGUAUCACUUUUUCCUGUCAUGUUAGAGUUACACACUAGUUACUUGUCCUAACUCAGAGGUUGUUAAAAAGAUCUAGUAGUUACAUUCAAUAAAUAUACAUUUAUUGUGAUUUUUUUUUUCUUAUUACUCCUUUAUUUUUAGUAGUAUAUUUUAUAAUUUAAUAAUCUUUAAUAACUUUUCACAUACUUGUACUACAAAUUUAACAUACUCUAUAGCAGCGUAGAAUACCUGGAAGAGCGUUAACCUAGUUAUCCUUCUUCUGGCGCCCAAAAAUUCAUUCUAUUUUCAGUAUAUUAUUAUAUUUACUCUAUCUAUUUUCUGAACAUUAUCUUCAUAUCUUCUUUUCGAGCCAUCAUUGUCACUUCCUUUAAUCUAUUGUCUGGCCAAAAAUAGCCGUGCAAAUUGGCCGAAUCCUUCCUUGAGUGUCAAGUGGCCCUUCUCAUACAUAUUUAGCUAGCCAUUCAAGUUAUAUCUAUCUAUUAAUGAUUUCUCAUCUCUAGUCCUGUAUCAAUUCGAUAUUCUUUGUCUUGGCAUCCUUCCAUACAAAUACUACUACAAAGUUGUAUUUUAGUUACUCCAGCUUCUUCAACGGAGAAGCCACACAUUUUUGUCCUUUGGCUACAUUAAGUAGAUCUUCUUUUUACUACUUCUGUUGGAGUUUACCACUCCCUUUUCAUUCACUCCAACAGAAAAUCAUCAGCCAGUUGUUACAUCGGCUUUCCAACGUGGUGGCUUUAUUUUUGGUCUGAGACAGUAUUCAUUUAGGUCAAUUCUUCUCUUUUAUCUGAAAUCUCUUUGUUAUUUCCGUUUGGUAUCCUAUACACAUAUUGUUACUUAUUUAUUUUAUUUUUAAUUUCUGAUACAUAUCAGGUAUUCUUAAACGCUGUUUUGAUUUUUGUUUAUAUUUUGGGACCUCAUUAUAGUAUAUGUUUGUGCAGCUUACAUUCUGGGUUAGAUUUUGAAUUUUUAUUGGGAACUUAUAUUUAAUAUUGCUAUUAAUAAUAUAAUUCAUAUAACAAUUUUAUUUCUUCAGUCAAUAGUGGUAUAGUUGGAGGUACAACUAAGUGUUGAUUAUUAUUAUUAUUAUUAUAGAUAUAUAUUUUUUCUAGAGUGGUGGUAAGUUACAUAUAAAUAAAAAAAGUUACUUCCAGUAUUUAGGUAGUAGGUUUACUUGAGUAUACAAUAUUUAUUGGAUUAUUUAUCCAUUUAUUUGAUCUUAUAUAUUUAUUUGAUCUUAUUUAUUAGAUUAUAUACUGCAUUAUAUAUAUAUUUUUUUUUUUUUGCUGGCUAUUUUGAUUUUGUUGGUGUGUUGCUGAUAUUUUCUCGGUUUAUAUUAUAUAUAUUUUGCGUGCAAACUUUCAUAUUUUCAUAUUUUUCAUAUUUCUGUUCUUUGGACUAUUUGUCAAUAACUUUGCUCUCAUCAUGUGUGCUUUUAAAGCUGAACAUCUUCUGGUGGAUGAAUUGGAUUAUGAAUUAAAGAUUCGGGACAUAAUGCCAGAGGAGUCGACAACUGUCGAUAAAAAACGCAAUCUUUUGAGAGGUGCUUUGAAACAAGAAGCUGGCAAUAGAAGUUUUCUCCAAAUUUCAGCUGUAUCCCUUCCUUUUGAGGAACAACAAAAAGGAAUCACUGAAACAUUGGACAGCUUGUCUAAAAAAAUCGAAAAGUUUAGGGGAACUGUAAAGGAUACAGAGUAUGCGCGAUUAACAUCUCGUCUAGGCCAUAUUUCUGCCCGUGUACACUUGCUACACUGUCCUUCUGAAGAACAGGAACCGUUCAAGAGGUCUGUUUCUCUUAAAAUAUUAACACUAGAGGGUGAACUUGAUUCUAGAGUUAACCCCAUUGCUACCUCUACUCCUAAUGCUUCAGUCAAUGUACCUAGCUUUACGUACUCCAAACCUGUUCAAGUACACAAAUGGGGUAUUUCAUUUUCAGGUGAAAAACAGCACACUGAUGUGAUGUCAUUUUUAGAAAGGGUUGAAUGUCUUCGAAUAUCUAGAGGUGUUUCUGAAGAGGAUUUGUUUGCUGCUUCUGCUGAGUUGUUCACCGGGACCGCUUUUACAUGGUUUAUGAAUAACAGGGGUAAUUUUUCUUGUUGGUCUGAUCUGAUUAAAAAGUUGAAGUCGGAUUUUCUUCCGUAUUCAUUCCAGGAUGAUUUAUUAGAUCAAAUUAAGAAUCAUAAGCAGAAACCUGGGGAAUCUGUUACUAUGUUUAUUAAUACUAUAUUAGGUAUGUGUAGUCGUUUAGACACUCCUUUGUCAGAUUUAGCUAAAAUUAAAAUCAUCCUUAAAUGUCUAUUGCCCUUUUAUCAUCAACAAUUAGCUCUUAUGGACAUUCAGAACAUUGAUGACCUUACUAUAAAAUGCAAACGUUUGGAGGAAACGUUAUCCUGGUCUUCUCAACCUCCAUCCACAUCUCGAUCCUCUUCUAACUCUUCUUCUCAGCCAACUUCCUUUAGGCAACGUUCUUGGCUAAAUAAGGGUCAUGAACAUAAUGUUUCGGUUGUUAGUUCUCUUGUCUGCUGGAAUUGUGAUCAGCCUGGUCACCCAUUUUACAAUUGUGGGAUUCCUCAAAAUCGUAUUUUCUGCCAUGGUUGUGGCCGAGAGAACACCCUUAAAAGAAACUGUUCUAAGUGUUCGGGAAACGACACGUCGGAGGUCCGUCCCCUGAACGUUUCUCCGUCCAACAUCCAAUCAGGGAAUCAAACCCCAUCGUCAAACGAAACUGCUGGACCAAGCACAUCCAGCAACCCAAACCCAUCUUCACGAAAAGGGAAAGGGGUGUCGUUCAAGAAAGCAGCACACACCACAAAACAAAAUUAAACCAGAAAUUUAUUUCUAUAGAUAAUACGUUAGAUUUGCUUGAUUCAAAUGAUCACAGAUGGUCAUUUACAAACGCUUCUUUGAUUGGUAGUGUUCAACGUAACAAUAAUAAUUGUGAUAGUAAUGUGGUUCCAUUAUCUAUAUUAGAUUCUAGUUUUGUUAAUGAUGAUGAUACGUCUGGGUUAGUUCCAUAUAACGGUUGUAGACAACCAAAUACUUUAGAUUUAGAUAUUAAUUCGUUAUUAGUUAGGAAACAAAAUGAUAAUAGGCCAUAUCUUCCUAUUCAAAUUUUAGGACAAUCGUGUUUAGCUUUGUUAGAUAGUGGCUCUAAUAUUUCAUUGAUAGGGGCACAUUCGUUAAAUUUAUUGAAAAAUUCUAG